AUCAGCGUUCUCGAUUUCUUCACUCUCCAUUAUCUCCUGCGAUGGCGUCCAUCGCCGCUCAUGGUCUUGCAAUUCCCGUCAACCGUUCUCACCGCCGGCUCAAUUCAGCUAAAACAACCACCGGUACCUCCGUCACUGCUGCUUCACUCCAUCCCCUUACAAUCAAGUCAAAACUACCGACAUUUUCAUCUUCGCAAAACCCUAAACCCUCAUCCUCAAACACCCGUGAUAAUUCUAACAUUUUUGCCUCAAAACAGCUCCUAAAUGUGGUGAAAACCUCUGCCGCCAUUGGUGCUGGUCUUUACGCGCUCUCCAGUGGUGUGUCUAAUGUUCUCCUCAGUGGUAACGGUGGUGGUGGAUCCGGAGGAGGUGGUUAUGGCGGUGGAGGCGGUGGAGAUAGUUUCUGGUCAAAGAUUUUCUCUCCUGCCGCGAUUGCAGGAGAAGAGGAAUCACAGGAAUGGGAUUCGCAUGGAUUGCCGGCGAAUAUUGUGGUACAGCUGAACAAGCUCAGUGGGUUUAAGAAGUAUAAGGUUUCCGACAUCCUUUUCUUCGACCGCCGUCGUGGGUCGACGGUUGGGACGGAGGAUUCGUUCUUCGAAAUGCUAUCCUUGCGGCCAGGUGGUGUUUACACAAAGGCGCAGCUCCAGAAAGAGCUAGAAACGCUAGCAACCAGUGGAAUGUUUGAAAAAGUUGAUCUUGAUGCGAAGACUAACCCUGAUGGGACAGUCGGGGUUACUAUAUCCUUCUUGGAAAGCACUUGGCAGUCAGCUGAUAAGUUUAGGUGUAUCAAUGUUGGGUUAAUGCCACAGUCGAAGCCCAUAGAGAUGGAUGCAGACAUGACGGAGAAGGAGAAAUUGGAGUACUUUAAUAGCCAGGAACAGGAUUAUAGGAGGAGGAUUGAAAGGUCUAGGCCAUGUUUGUUGCCGGUGUCGGUGCAAAGGGAAAUUUUGCAGUUGUUGAGGGAGAAAGGAACAGUUAGUGCCAGGUUGCUGCAGAAGAUUAGGGAUAAAGUGCAGCAGUGGUAUCAUGACAAUGGGUAUGCUUGUGCUCAAGUAGUGAACUUUGGAAAUUUGAAUACAAAGGAGGUUGUUUGUGAGGUGGUGGAAGGGGAUAUUACUCAAAUGGUAAUUCAGUUUCAGGAUAAGCUGGGCAAUGUAUGUGAAGGUAACACUCAGUAUCCGGUCGUCCGGAGAGAAUUGCCUAGGCAGCUUCGUCAAGGGAAAGUUUUCAACAUUGAAGCUGGAAAACAAGCUUUGAGAAAUAUAAAUUCUCUAGCCCUCUUCUCUAAUAUUGAAGUCAACCCUCGCCCCGAUGAAAAGAAUGAGGGAGGGAUAAUUGUUGAAAUUAAGCUUAAGGAAUUGGAACAGAAGUCAGCUGAAGUCAGUACUGAAUGGAGCAUUGUCCCAGGACGUGGAGGUCGCCCCACAUUGGCUUCAAUUCAACCAGGUGGAACUGUUUCAUUUGAGCAUCGGAAUCUUUACGGGCUCAAUCGCUCAAUUCUUGGUUCAGUUACUACUAGUAACUUCCUCAAUCCUCAGGAUGAUCUUGCAUUUAAGUUGGAGUAUGUUCAUCCUUAUUUAGAUGGUGUUUAUAAUCCUCGAAACCGUACACUCCGUACUAGCUGCUUCAACAGCAGAAAGUUGAGUCCUGUCUUUACUGGGGGGCCUGGAGUAGAUGAAGUCCCUCCCAUUUGGGUUGAUCGUGCUGGACUUAAAGCCAACAUUACUGAGAAUUUCACUCGUCAGAGUAAAUUCACUUAUGGACUUGUGAUGGAAGAAAUAACAACACGUGAUGAAAGCAGCCACAUCUCUGCUCGUGGACAGAGGGUAUUGCCAAGUGGUGGAAUUAGUGCAGAUGGACCUCCCACUACCCUUAGUGAAACUGGCAUUGACCGCAUGGCAUUUUUACAAGCUAACAUUACACGAGAUAACACCAAGUUCAUAAAUGGGACAAUAGUUGGUGAGAGGAAUGUGUUCCAGGUCGAUCAAGGACUUGGAGUGGGCACUAAGUUCCCUUUCUUUAACCGUCACCAGCUGACAAUGACCCAAUUUAUCCAGUUAAAGCAAGUAGAAGAAGGUGCUGGUAAGGCUCCACCACCUGUGCUAGUCCUACAUGGCCAUUACGGUGGAUGUGUUGGAGAUCUUCCCAGUUAUGAUGCUUUCACACUUGGGGGACCUUAUUCAGUCCGGGGUUACAAUAUGGGAGAGAUAGGUGCAGCUAGAAAUAUUGUUGAGUUGGCUGCUGAGCUGCGGAUACCUGUUAGAAACACACAUGUGUAUGCAUUUGCAGAACAUGGAAAUGAUCUUGGGACUUCAAAAGAUGUCAAAGGAAACCCAACAGAGGUCUAUAGGAGGAUGGGUCAUGGCUCCUCAUAUGGUGUCGGAGUAAAACUAGGUCUAGUACGAGCAGAAUAUGCUGUUGACCACAAUUCUGGAACUGGGGCAGUAUUCUUCCGUUUUGGAGAGAGAUUCUAGUUUCAGAUUUCGUGGUCAGAUCCUUUUUUUGCAGCUAGUCGGAUUUAAUGAGUCAAGAACUGCACACGGUUGAGUUUGGUAUUCAGUAAACUCUAAAACUUUGUUUGGUAAAAGAUCUUCUAAGAUUAUGGUUAGAACCUUGUUGAAAGAAAGUGAGUAUCCUCUCUAGCUUUGAUGCUUCAUUCGUGUAACCCAAAAAAUGUAAUAUAGGAAUUUGUGCAUUUCUUGUUCCAAAA